ACUCUUGUAACUCCCAGAUCUUUCAAUAAAGACCCCGGGCUGAAUAAUUCCUGAGUCGUGGGGGGCGCCCGCGGGAACGGCGUCCAUCUGGGGCCUCUCCGAGGGUUGUCUGCCUCUCCCGUGCCCACCAGGAGUUAACAAGGAGUAGGCGACCUGACGACUGGGCCUUUUCUCCUCGAGGUAGAGAAACUGGAAAGGGACUGGCAUGGCAGAGCCGGGCUCAGAUGUCUCGUCCCGCUGACGUCAGUGGGAGUGGAGGGUUCGUAUCCCCCGGCAGGAUUGGCGCCGCAGAGAGACCUGUGUGAAUCAGCACCUUCGUAAGUGCCAAAAGAGCCCCACUUUUAAAUCAGAUACGCCUGCAACUCGUCUAGAUCCAUGGCAGCUACUCCAACGCUUCCACUAACUACAGAGCUGGCCACCCUAUUUCAGACUAAGAUGAAUACGCCGUCUCUGCAUGAAGAAGCCAGCGUGGGCGUCAUCGCAGGUGUCCUCACCGUAGUUUUCAUGACCCUCCUGGCCGUCCUGGUAGUGAUCAUCAUCUACCUGUACAAGAACAAAGGGAGCUACCGCACCUAUGAGCAAGCAGAGGCAGAAGUGUCAAUACAGCUGGAAGACCUCCCUUCUAAAGGAGAAAAGGCCGAAUAUUUUAUAUAAUCCAUUCAGCGUGGCUAACAGCUGUAGGUUGGACAGUAAGUUGCCUGGACUCUGGGAUCUGCAGACUUUUCUUUCCCCUAAUUUAUUAUGUUAAUCAACAAAGGAAAAGUGUAACAUGUGCACCAUGCUAACCUCAGUCAUUGUUUUGCUGGGAAGAAUGACCAUUAAACAGAAGGUAAGGCUCUUCUCGUGACUGUCGUGUAAAAGUGAUAAUGCACUGUCAUGUG